AUACACCGAUGUGUUCCUAUUACUACCUACGUAGUGAUAAUUUUAAUAUUAUUAUUUUUUAUUUAUUUUAAUUAUUCAAACACAAUACCAAAAGUUUAACUUUGACGUGAAACACAUUAUACAAAGUCAUUCACAGCCAGUCAUUGUAGUGAUACGUUUUGUAUCGUUUACGUUUAAAUAUAUUGAAUUUAAAUCAAUACUUGUACAUUUAUUUUAAUCCAAGCCGAAAUCUUUUUUAAUAAUAAUCGGUGUAAGAUUAUAAUAUUAUACUCUAAAAAUGUCGAAAACCAUAUUGGUGAUGACAUUCGUGCACACAGUACUGUAUAAUAUGCAAAAAAAUGCUUUCCAUGUAGAUGCCGCUCCAUCAAUCACACGCGACGAUUUGACUGCUGUGUUGCCCGGUUCGCUGGCCGAGCUGUUCGACUCGGAAGCGUUCGAACGGAUCUGGCGGAAGGCCGCCGCCGAUCAGAUGGUCAAGCGAUUCGGAAACGGCGCCGGACGCGACGACGACGGCGGCCCGAUCACGCGCAACAUGGUCGGCGACUACAUGGUGUCGGACGAGUUCCACCAGGCCGUGUGCAAGGCCGGCGGCCAGGGCAUGUCGUCCAUGGGCGGCAUGAUGGGCAACGCGCCGCCCCCGUGGUCGUAUAUGGGCACGUUCGUCGGUUCCGACAAGUUCCAACACGGCACGUGCGACAUGAUGUCGCAGGGGCUGAUCCAGUUCGGCGAGGGCAUGAACGGAUGGUUCCGGUCGGCCGGGGCGGAAGCCCCCGAGGCCCGGGACCCGCUGCGCGCGGUCGACGCGUUCUUCCGGUCCGAGUACUACGACAACGCCCGGCUAAAGCUGCGCGACAUGUUCGCGGACGUCCGGUUCUGAUCCGGCCGGAUUCGCCGUCGCGGAUCUCUAAUAUACCGCUUUUUUAUUUUCGCGCAGCCGCGUGUUGAGCGCUGUUGUCAACCGUAUUACUAUUUAGUCGUCGUCGUCGGCAUCACAUUGUUAUCGCAUCACUAAAAUACGAGAAACCACACGUUUCGUUAACGAUUAAUUUUUAUACGCACUAUUUUUAUGCUGCACGACAAUAUUAUAAUGUUAUUAUGUCGUCGACGAUCGCAAACGUUAUGAUUUGAUGCCUAUUAUAUCGGUCAGUUUUUUUCUAUGACCAUUGUACUACACAUACACAACGUGCCCGCUAAAUGUUGACCGGAAUUGUAUAUGUUUAAUAUUUUUUGUUUAUAUAAUAUUAACGCUUACUGCUUACAACUGUAUUCGAGUGCGCAAUUCGUUUCGAUUCACACUCAUAAUGCGUUUAAGUCUCCGUCGUUUCUUGUACGGCAUAAUACGUUGUAUACAC